UUCUGAGUUCCAUCUCCCCAAACCAAUCGAUAAUGCUCCCUGCUUAUUUUUACCUUUGGCGCUUAGGUCGCGAUUUUUCAAACCCCGUUUCACUCCCCUCGAACCUUCCCCCUAAUCGAUAAAGCAGCAGAUUUCCCGCUGUAGGAAGACAACACUGAUUUAUAAACAGUAAAGAUAUAAUUUGACGAAAUGAUAAAUUUACUAAGCCUGGUUUUGUGUGAAACUAUCAGAAAUCUUCCCGGGGUCAAAAAACCAAGGAAAGGAACAGCAUUAUACUACCAAUUCUAUUUACUACAUUUCGUUUGUUCUUUAGUUAUGUGUUUUACAGCCUAUUUUCCUGACUUCUUAAACAUGAUCCGGGCUAAAGAACAACUCCCGAGUGACUACUUUCCUCAGAACUCUCUGUUAAGAUGCCUAACUUCUUUGAACUACUUCAUCAGCUUCUUCUCUAAAUACUGCGCAAUUCCGUGCUAUAUCGCCUGGUUCUUCAUAGCUCCGAUAUUUACCAACUCCAAUCUGAGGUGGUACGUUGUAAGUUUGUUUAGAACACCAAAACCAUUCGACUGCGAUGAUUUUGAGGAAUCUCCCGAGGAUAUCAACCGUAAAGUGAAAUUGCAUCGCAGAUAUGCUUUGCGCAGGGGUGAUUACGAUCGAAAUAUAAAAAUUAUAUUGAGUAAGAACAUUUAUUACAAGAGAAUCGAUGAAAACGAACUCACCAAGACGGAGAGGGAAUUCUGGCCUGAUUUAAAUCAUAACAGUGUUUUAAGCCUUUACAAGUUUCAUGCAACAAGUGUGGACCCUUUUUAUGUUGUACAGGAAAUUUCAUGGAGGAAUGGAUUGGGCGAUAUUUUAUAUAACGAUGGCUUCAAUAACAGAGUUGAUUUUUUUCGUUUUGCAAUCAAGUGGACUCACGACAUAUUGGUGGGACUUCAAUACUUGCACAGUAAAAAUCUUUAUCACCUAAAUUUAGAGCCAGACAGUAUCGUGUUGGAAUUCGGAGGAAAAUAUGAUGCUUAUAAUUCCAAAGCAGUUCUUGCUAAUUUCCAGCAUAUGGCAAAACUUAAAGAAAACUCUAAGGAAGUUAAAGAAGAUGCAGUUGGUUUCUACGAAUAUUAUCGACCCCCUGAAUGCUUCGUGAAAGGCAAAGUUGACGCUGAAAAAUGCGACAUGUGGGGCUUGGGCAUCAUCUUGCUGGAGAUGUUCUCGGGUGGUCUGCUGGCGCUUUGGCAAGAUCAAUAUUCCGAAUUCAAUUGCAGACGUAGAGACAACCAAUUGAGCAAGUUGUUAGUCAUGUCCAACUUCAAUGCAGCAGCAGAUUCAGCGCACAAGUGUUUCAGGUCCGCUUCAGAUGAGGAUGAAGAGACACAUGAACUUGAAACAUGGAACACAGCAUUGUUUUGGCAGACUUGGGUAUUUGUAACGGACUUGCUUAAACUGGACAGUUACACGAGAAUAAAUCUGGAGAACAGUUUGCAACAUGGAUUUGUAAAAAACGUCUGUAAUUUAGUCUUGAAACCUGGAGUUAAAUGCACACAAACAGAAGAUUUUAAGAAGAAAUUUAAAGAGUUUUGUGAAAAUGUUGAAACCUCUAGUGAUGAUGAAGCAUAAGAUAAACAAGAAAAGGACUAUACUGAAUUCUGACAAGUUCAUGAAAAUUAUGGCUAUGCUAUAGUGUCUCAAUUUACACACUUUCAUGAACACUGUUUUUAAUAUUUUAUGUACUAUGUUUAUUUAGAUAACAGAGUGUUUAAAGUGUGAACUCAAAUGAUUGUCCAUCCUCUCGAUUUCUUUCAACUUCCAGAAUCCUUUUGUGUCACAUUUAAAAAGUAUUUAAAAUAUUUUUUUUAACUUAUUAGACACUUGUGCUGACUAUUUAUGAAUAUUUGCAAAGUAUUUAUCUUUGAGGAGUAUAAAUUACUUUGCAAAACGCGGUUUUGUAUUGUUUAAGGAGUGAACUGAACCAUUAUCUCGAUUUCUUUUUACCACCUAAUUUCCUUUUGAAAAAGUAUUUAAAAUAUCUGUUAAAAAGUAUUUAAGAUAUUUUUAAUUACUUUUGCGCCUUGGCGGCAAGAGAAUGCUUACAAAGCAAGAAUUGCUUUGUAAAGUGUUAUGUUGUUCAAAAAAUGAUUUUAACUAUACUUUUAACCUAAGUCCUUUGGUACCACAAAUGAGAAGAAUUUAAAAUAUUGUUAACUACAUAAACACUUGUAUUGACUAUUUCUGAUUAUUUACAAAGCAAUUAUCUUUGAGGAAAUUUGUCUUACUGUUGGACAUUUUGAACGGCAAGGAAAAAAUUUAUCUAAAUAAGAGAAUCAUUUAGUUUUAUCUUCAUUAUUUCUUAUUGCAGAAUCAUUUUUACUUUAUCAAACAUUAAUAAAAAAAUUAAAUUUAGAAAAGUAAUUAAAAAAAUUACUUCAAAUUUAUUUUAAAACCUUUAAAAAAAACUAUGUUAAGUAAAAUAUUGUUAUAAUCAUUGUAUUCAAUCAUUCGUUCAUUGUAUUCAAUCAUUAUUUUUGUUGUGCAAACUAUUUAAGGGUAAUUUAAUGAAAAAAACUGGCCUUUGCAUGUUUAAAUUAAAACAAAAAUUAUUUUGGAUAGUAAAUAUCCUACUCACAAUCUAAAUUAUUUCUUAUGUUGUAUGUGUAAACGUAUAAUAUUAACCUUCGGUUUAGGGCUGGUAUAACACGUGAACCAGAAUUAUGGGCUUCAUUAUACUAAGCGCCGUAAUGGCUAAAUGAGUUAAUGAUCUUAAUAUUCUCUGGAUGGAAACUGGCCAAAUCAGUUGCUAGGAGCACGUUUAAUGGAUGAAAAGCUAAAGGUCCGAAGACAUAAGAAGGUCAUGUAAAUUCUACUUGUCGUUGCUACAUGUUCCAAUUGUCGUUCUGUUAGCAUAUUUUUAAUAUUUUUAAGGCAAAAAUUAUUUAUGACUGUAUCUAAUAAAACAAUUUGAUUAUGUCAUUUUUUCUCACAUCACAAAUUAGUUUAUCAUAUCAAAGUGUAAUAAAAAAAUGAUUUUCAUUAAAUAUUAUUCAUGACAAUGUUUUACUCAAAUAUAUUAAAUGGUUUUGAAUAUUAUAUGGCUGUGAAAAUAUGUACUAAUAAAAAAAUAGUGUUUUUAACCCAUUACUGUCUGGCCACAAUUGUCUAUACAUGAAAAACACUUACGUGAAAAAAAGUGGUAAUUCAAAUUUGUUUAAACCAAGUGGAUACUUCCUUUUGUUAUCUAGCACUUAAACUUUAAAAAUAUAAUAGAUAAAAUAUAAUAAAGCGAAAUAAAAUUAUUUAUAUAAUUAACAUAUCAAGAAAGACAAAACUAUCUUGUUUAUUCAAAAUAAAUCUUAAUAAUGAAACACUUGGGCUACCACUUUUUUUCUUUUUAGAGAAACCAAACAUCCCUUUUAAAAGGGCGGUUCAAAUUGGUCAAAUGGGUUCAAUACUUUGUAACAUAUGUUUAUUUACUCUUAUAAGGUGCUGAAUUAUGUGGUUAAAACUUUUAUUUCAUAAAUAAAAUUUCUCUUUUUAAAUA